AUGGCAAACAUUUUUGACACUAUUAUAGAAGGACUCCUUUGCCCGGAUAAUAAUCGUAUAAAAGAGGCUACAGUUCAGUUAUAUGAGGCCUUCAAGCAACCGGACGUUCUAUGGAAUCUGUGCGAAGUCCUGACAUCCACUCGUGCUGUGGAGGUGCGUCAAAUGACAGCUGUUCUACUGGAUAAGCGUCUAUCGGAUGCUGGGGUCUGGAACGGGUUAUCCUUUGAUCAGCAGAUGGGCGUCAAGAAAUAUUUAUUGGAGGCUUUGGUAGCCGAAAAGGUGCGAGCAGUGAAGAGUGCCAUCGGCCGAGUUGUUGGCACAGUGAGUCGAUAUCAUAACGAGAAAAAGGAUCAAUGGAUUUCCGACGUUCUGAAGUAUACUUUCGAACGAUGUGUUCUGGAUCCUAAUGAGAGCGAACCGGAUUCUUAUACUUUUUCUGCCAUAGCCGAAUCGGCUACAACACACUUAGCGGAUGAGAUGCCCACUGUAUGCAAGAUGUUUGAGACCAUCAUGGUUAAUUCCGAUGCCCAGAACACUUUAGCCUCACGCACUGUGGCCAAUAUGUUUAACGGAAUGGGAUAUCUGAUUCCAUUUCUAGGGGAAUACCCAGCAGGUGCUGAGUUGAUAGUCAAGUUGAUGCCUCUGAUAUUGAAGACAGUACAAUUAAAUGCUCUUAAUGGCGAUGGCGCGGAAUUUACCUUAGUCUUUGCUAUAUUCGAUGCCCUUGCAGAGUAUGUUCCGAGGGCAUUUCACGAUACCGAAGCCGUGGCGAAAUUACUUCUGGAUGCGUCGGCGUGUGAGCAAAUCGAGAAGACAAUUCGACUUCAAUGUAUGUCAUUCAUUUCUGAGUUUAUGCGUGUGAGUAAGACAGAAAUUCUCAGAAAGAAUAUGCUGCUGCCCAUCGUAAAAGUUCUAUUUGAAUUGAUAUGCAAGCAACCGGCCGAUAGCGAGGAUGACGAAUUGGAUGGCAAUAGUUAUGCGGAGGGGGCCAGUCAUGCCCUCGAUGAGAUAGCCAUGAUUGUGUCAGGUGACCAACUUUUGCCACUCUUGUUUCAGUUAAUGGAGCCGGCUAUCCAAAGUACGAACAAUCUUACUCGUCGGGCAGCCUAUAACUGCAUGGGCACUAUCUCUGAGGGUUGCAUGGAGAUCAUAUGCAAGCAAUACUUGGAGAUAAUGUUGAAUGUCAUCAAAACGGGCACACAGGAUCCCGAUUUGAGUGUGCGCGGGGCUGCUUUCUUUGCCCUGGGUCAGUUCUCGGAGAAUUUUCAGCCUGAUAUCAACAAAUAUUCUCCAGAAAUAUUGACAAUGCUUUUGGAAUAUCUUCGCCAAUUGAUAGGGGAUAUGAAACGAGGAACGAUACCAAUAACCAAACAUGUGGAUCAAUUGUUUUAUGCCUUAGAAAAGUGUUGCGAAUCAAUGGACAAGAUGAUUGACCAUCACUUACCCGGGGUAAUGGAUUGCCUCUUUAAAGCCUUGAAUUCACCACACACGCUUACAUUGAGGUCCUAUUGCUUGUCGGCUCUUGCUUCUGUUUCUGGUUCGGGCAAGCUUAUAUUGCCGUAUUUUCCUCAAAUUGUCGCUGUGAUGCAGAAUUAUUUGGUCAAGGACUGUGAUGAGGAGAUCGGUCGGCUACGUAUUAUAGCUAUCAAUACAUGGUCAGUUUAUGUUCGAAUCGUGGGCGUUGAAGUUAUGGCGCCUUAUUGCAACGAAUCGAUGGGCUAUUGCCUACUGAUGUUAUCAAAAGGUCCGGAUGAUCCAGAGGUUCGAUUUGCUAUUUACAAUCUUCUCGGAGCCCUUUCCAAUGUUUAUCGGGAGAAUAUGGCUGGAUAUCUACCCAAGAUAAUGGAUCGCAUCCUUCUAUCUGUUGUAUCACCAUGCGGUAUUCUGGCCGGAGGCAAGGAUUGCGGAGAUAAAAAAGACGUUGAUGGCGACGAUUUUGGUGAUAUGGCGGUGUUUGAGAAUGUAUAUAAAGUGAUUGAACAUCCGUUACCAUCAGUACGUAAGGCGUGUGUUGAGAGUCUCUCCAAAUUUCUGACGGCUUUCCAUCGCCUGGGCAAUGAAACGGCCUUUACCGAAUACUCUAAGAUUAUAGUACGCAAAUUCUAUGAGAUGAUUAUUAAAGAUGAUAACCGGACUGUGGUUGUUAAUAUUGUGGAUGAUUUAAUUGAUCUCAUCAGGGAUUUUGAGGCAGCCGCUAUACAAUCUCAAGAGGUUGUGAAAUUGCUCUUCAAGGCCACCCGUAGGUUAUUGACCCAAUCAACUAGAUGUCAAAACUUUGAAGGACGUCAGGACAAUCUAGACGCGGCGGAAGGCAGUAGACUAGAUGAGAUGCUUAUUGGUUAUGCUGCUGGCUUAUUUGUGGAGUUGGGAUAUGCUACCGAACCGGCACAAUAUGCCGUAUAUUUUGACAAAGGUAUAUGCAUACUGUCUAAAAUGCUAAGAAUGGCCAUAGAUAAUAAUUGUGCUGCACGGAGGACUCUGAUAUACGAAACCAUCGCUGAUAGUAUCAAGCACCUGAACAUGCAAGUUGUCGACUAUUUUGAUUCCCUAUUUAAUGUUUUCUUUAAUGGGACAAAUGACGCAGAAGCCAAAUGUCGCCAGCAUUGCUAUUAUGGCCUAGGAGAGCUACUAUUUUAUGGAGAUACCAAAUCUCCAGGAGCUUGGCCUGAGGUUGUCAAAUGCAUAGCCAAUGCCAUGACAAAGGAGACGGAACCAGCUUCGCUACGGGAUGUAUCCCAGAACCUAAAAGCGAAAGCCAUCUCAACAAACAAUAGCGAAAGGGGUGCAGAGGUGUGGAGCACCAACCAAGCGCAGGAUACAGGCCGAGACAACGACCCGCAACGGUUGCAGGAGCAAAAGGAAGGCAAGAAGGGACGACGAGGGAUUGCGAAGUGA